AUGAUCGUGUCGAUCGUUCUCGCCCUACUCCUGUUUUGUCAAUCGAUCAACAUCGGCGGAUGCCUCCUGGAGAGCGAGGCUCGUGUAAAUAACACGAGCGAGCAAAUCUCACAGCGCAGAAUAAGAAGGAGUCUUACCUAUCCCGAUCCGUCCAUGCUCCUGCUGAUUCUUGGCCUGGGCACUCCGUUGCAGCUGGAUCGCGAGAGCAUAAUCGUGGGUGUGUUCACGAAAAUGUGGUACUACAUGCCGACCAACGCCACUGAUUUCACGGAACCGGGGGUGUAUUACACAAGAACCAGCAAAAGCAGGUGGAGUUUUUACAAGGUGUUCGAAAAGAUGAUGACUAUGUACGGUUUUGGCGGUAAAGAGUGUUUGCUAAGAGCUAUUUGCGAGGUGGCACAUGUUCCGUUUGACAUUCACCAUGGAUUGCUGGGACAGUUGGUGCAGACUUUUCUCAAGCCCUCCAGUACCGAGGAAGAAUACGACGAGUACGGAGACCGGGAGUACCGGGCGGCCGAACAGCUGGGCGAGCAGGCGGAGAAGGGUGAAAACUGCCACACCCUUUAUCCGGAAUGCCACAGAAGUGUGCUCGACGUGUUUUCCGGGUUGAUCACGUGAAACGGAAUGGAAAUUUCGACGGGGACGACGAGGCGUCAGGGAUACGCUAGGGUUAUCGAGAUGUCGAAUGAUAUUGAGAAACGUCAGAAUCCGAAAGUUUUCAAGCGAUAUAUUAUCCAA